AUGCGUGGCUUUAACAUGUCACGUAAACACAGGGAAGUCAAGAGAUGGGUUCAGUCUGAGAAGUUUAUUUUUGGGUGUUUGCUGGAGACAAGAGUUCAGGCUGGAAAUUUCAGAGGUUGUAUGGAAGCUGCUUUGCCGGGUUGGGCAGCAAUGGCUAACUACAAUUUUAAUCUGUUGGGGAGAAUCUGGUUCUGCUGGUCUGAUAAAGUGGUGGUGACCAGGCUUCACUCUAGCUCUCAGGUUAUCACGUGUGCUAUUCAGAUACCGGAGACAAGGGAACAGUUCAUAUGCUCAGCAGUGUAUGCUUCGAACAAUGAGGUGGAAAGGAGAGCGCUCUGGGCUGAUUUGCGGGGAACUCAAGCAGCAUACCAUCAUCUUGACUUGCCAUGGAUAGUCAUUGGAGACUUUAACGUAACUCUCUCUUCUGCUGAGCACUCGAGAGGCGGAGCCACGCAAUCAUCUCAUUUAGGGAUGCGGUUCUUUCAGGAGGCGGUGGGGGACUGUAAUCUUACGGAUAUGGCCUCUUCUGGAGCUUUGUUUACUUGGUGGAAUAAACGAGAUGAGGACCCCAUAGGCAAGAAGUUGGAUCGAGCGUUGAUAAAUACGGCCUGGUUUAGUGAUUUUCCUCACUCAACAUCGAGAUUUGAAGCGGGAGGAAUCUCGGAUCAUGCUAGGUGCGUGGUUCAGCUCUCAGCUAGUCGCAUUGAAGCUCGCAAACCUUUCCGUUUCUUCAAUUUGCUCACUGAGCACAAGGAUUUCCUCCCCGUGGUUCAGAGAAUUUGGGGUUCAACGCAGGAAAUUCAUCACUCUCGUUCAGCUCUUGCUAGGUUCCACGCCAAACUAAAGAUGCUCAAGUAUGACUUGAGACUUCUUAACAAGACCCACUUUGGAGAUUUGCCUAACAGAACUAAGCAGGCUUAUGAGGAGUUAUGUCGACUUCAGAACUUGGCUCUCAUCGACCCAUGCCCUGCUACUUUUGCUGCAGAAGCCGAAGCGUCAGAUAAGUGGCACAACUUGGCUCGAGUUGAGGAAAAGUUCUUUCAUCAGAAGUCUUAUAUACGAUGGAUGGGUGCGGGGGACCAGAAUACAGUCUUAUUUCACCGUUCUGUCCAAACAAGAAAUGCUGGCAACAGCAUUAAUGUACUGGUCAAUGAGGCGGGUGAUACACUUACCAAUCCUGAAGAAAUUAAAACGGAGGCUGUCCUGCAUUUUCAGAAAUUCCUUCAAAUGCAGGACCGGGGAAAUGAGGAGGAUUCUUUACCUAUGCUGCAAGAGUUGAUAUCGUAUCGCUGCACUCCAAACUCCGAUGCUUGUCUUGUAGCCCCAGUCUCAGCAGAGGAAAUCGUCUCAGCAAUUCAGGCCUUGCCAAAAGACAAGGUCUCAGGACCUGAUGGCUUUACCAAGGAGUUCUUUGUAGCAGCCUGGCCGGUUAUCGGAAAGGAGUUUAUUAUUUCUGUGCAGUCCUUCUUCUUAUUUGGCUUCUUACCCACGGGAAUCAAUGCUACGAUCCUUGCACUCAUCCCCAAAUCGGUUGAUGCUCAAUCAAUGAAGGACUACCGGCCCAUAGCGUGCUGCAAUUUUCUGUAUAAGGUCAUCGCGAAGAUACUAGCUCGUAGGCUCAGAACAAUUCUCCUUGAGGCUAUAGAACUGAACCAGAGUGCUUUCAUCAAAGGAAGGCUUCUAUUGGAGAAUGUUCUACUAGCUUCAGAGUUGGUAAAUGGCUAUCAUAAGACAACAAACUCCAACCGAGCCACGAUCAAACUGGAUAUCUCCAAAGUGUUUGACACGGUCAAAUGGUCUUUCAUCACUGCGGUCUUGAGAGCUAUGAGUCUUCCUGCGCAAUUCAUUCUUUGGAUAAGGGUUUGCAUAUCUACAGCAGCCUUCUCGGUCUCGGUUAAUGGCUGCUUAGAAGGAUUUUUCACAAGUGCUCGGGGAAUUCGACAAGGCUGCUCCCUCUCACCUUAUCUAUACGUCAUCCUAAACAAUGUUCUGUCUAAGAUGCUUAAUAGAGCAGCAGAAGAGAAGCAGUUCAGUUAUCAUCACCAGUGCAUGGAGGUGAAGCUCACUCACUUAAGCUUCGCUGAUGAUAUCCUGGUUUUUACGGAUGGAUCGAGCAGGUCAUUGCGGGGGGUACUGAAGGUCAUGGAUCAGUUCGCACGUAUAUAUGGGCUGCAUAUAAACGCUUCAAAAUCUUCCUUAUAUGCUUCGGGUCAGACAGUCACACCCAUGCUAGCUGAAGCGGAGCGAAUUGGGCUUAAGAUCGGGAAGCUCCCUAUCAUUUACCUAGGAAUGCCUCUUACCACUAAAGCUCUUACCAAGCAGGAGUAUGAACCUUUGAUUGAUAAGGUGAGGAGGAGAAUGCUAUCCUGGAAGAAUAAAUGCCUUUCUUAUGCUGGCCGGUUGCAACUGAUCAAGUCAGUGAUCUCCAGCAUUGUCAAUUUCUGGAGUCAAGCUUUUAUUCUCCCGAAAGCCUGCCUAAAUGAGAUAGAAGGUAUGUGUAGUGCUUUCCUUUGGUCCGGGUCUCCUCACCAGUCCCAUAAGGCAAAGGUGGCUUGGGAGGAUCUCUGCUGUCCAAAGGAGGAGGGAGGUUUGGGCAUUCGGAAGCUGCGGGAUUCAUCGAAAGUAUUUGCUCUGAGUUUGAUUUGGAGGAUUGUAUCGCGCACUAGUUCUCUCUGGGUUUCUUGGAUUCAACAAUAUCUGUUAAGGCAAAACUAUUUUUGGGAUGUAAGGGAGGAUGGAAAGGGCUCUUGGAUAUGGAGAAAGUUACUGAAGCUUAGGCCGCUGGCUUAUCAGUUCAUUAGGAUACAGGUAAAUGAUGGAUGCACUGCAUUCUUCUGGUUUGAUAACUGGUUGCAGACAGGGAAGCUUAUUGACAUUACGGGGGCUGUUGGUACAUGUUAUCUGGGCAUUCCUCGUAAUGCCAAAGUUUGUGAUGCAGUAUUGCAGGCGCGGUGGAAUGUCAGGGGCCAUAGAAGCCGUCAUUUUAGUGAGCUACAUGCGCGCAUCCAAAGAGAACCGGUCCCGGAUGAUGAACAAGGCCAUGAUGUAACCCUUUGGAAGCAUGCUGAGGAUGACUAUAAACCAUGGUUCUCUUCUAAGCGAACAUGGGAACAGAUUCGAGAGCAUAAGGCGUCGGUUACAUGGAGCAAGACAGUGUGGUUUGCUCAAGGGGUACCGAGAUUCUCGUUUAUGGUCUGGCUGGUUGUGAAGAAUAGAUUAGCCAUUGGAGACCGGAUGAGAGCUUGGGGCCUGCAACAGAGCUGUGUUCUAUGUGGGGAGAGGGAUGAAACCAGAGAUCACCUCUUCUUCGCCUGCCCUUACUCGUUUACUGUCUGGAACAAUUUAGCAGGAAGGCUAAGUGGUUUUAGAACUGAUCCUGAUUGGGAGAUUACUCUGCAGUUUUUGACCUCAAAUAGCCUGCAGUAUUUGGACAAGAUUCUGCUGAAACUGGUUUUCCAGACCUCUAUCUACCACAUCUGGCAGGAACGGAACAAGCGCAAACAUCACACGGGCUAUCGUUCGGUGGACCAAUUGAUAAGGCUUAUUGAUAAGGCGGUCCGGAACAGGAUAUCGUCUCUGCGAUAUGGAGCUGAGCAUAAGCUUGGAAGGAUGAUGCAAAGAUGGGAUGAAGCUUCCAUUAUGAAGGCAAAGGUUGAAGCGAAAGCUGGAGGUAAAAGGUAUUGGCGUUUGCAGAAAGAGAUCCAUGAAUUCUAUGGUGUGGAGAAACAAGAGAUGGAGGAUCGAUCUUCAGAACUCCCGGCGGCGAAGAACUACGGCGGUUGUGUUUACCGUUUCGCAUGA